AUGACUACUGCCUUGAAUACAAGCAUUCCUUCCAUUUUACGUUUGGUUCAUCGCUCAAUUGCUGCUGCUCACCAAGCAGGACUCGAAAUUCGGAAACUUCUCGAGUCAGGAGAUGUUGAAGCGCUUUCAAAGCCAGGUCACGAUGGAGAGUUGGACGUGUACACGGCAGCAGAUUUGUCAUCGCAGUGCAUCAUUGAGAGCUCGAUUCGUGAUAUUUUUCCUGUAAUUAGGAUUAUCGGUGAAGAGGAUGAUCGAGUGCGUGAUUGGGUGCAACGGUUUGAAUUGAAACCCGUGUUGGAAACUGUCUUGGACCCUUUUGGGGGGAAAGAGUGUCCGGAUGCUUUGAAGAGCGUGAAUCUGGAAGAUGUUAUCAUUUGGUUGGAUCCCAUGGAUGGAACCUCUGAAUUCAUGGCUGGUUUGGUGGAACACGUCACUAUUCUGAUUGGCGUUGCACUGAUGGGGAAACCCGUGGCUGGGAUCGUUCAUCAACCCUUUUGGAAAAGUUUAAAAAACGACGAAGAGCUCGUGGGUCGCACAGUGUGGGCGAUUCGUGGAAUGGGCAUUGGGGAAACCGUGGGUACUCUUGGAACCCCAACUGUCUUGACUUGCCAUCCCUUCCAAGCCAUUCAAAGAGCCUCGAGUUCAAAAACGAUUGUGGUGACAUCUAGAUCUCAUCAAUCGCCUCACGUGGUCAAGGCUAUUGAAAGCAUUGCACCAGAUGAGGUCAUUUAUGCUGGUGGCUGUGGAAAUAAGGUGCUCAUGCUUCUGGAAGGAAAAGCCAAUUACUACGUGUAUCCCAGCUCUGGCUGCAAAAAGUGGGACACUUGUGGACCGGAAGUCCUACUGAAUGAAGCUGGAGGGUUGUUGACAGACGUGUUUGGCAGUCGAUACGAUUAUUCACCUGAUGUGGAACACUUGAAUCGCUUGGGUGUGAUUGCCAGUGUGUGUCCUAAUGAACAGAAAAUGAUAUUGGGUAGAAUUCCCGAAGAUGUGAAAAUCAAGUUGAAAGGGUGACAAUUUGACCUGCUGGUCAUUUUAAGGAGGAUUGUCGUCAACUGUUGAAAAGGGCUAUUUUUUUUUCGUGCAAGCAUGAUUUUUGUUUUGUUUUGGUUGAAUAAAAGCAGAAUGAAGCUUCUGCAGUAUUUCUUCCCAGA